CUCUCUCUCUCUCAGUGCGAUCGCUCCUCUUCCACCCAAAAUGACCGCUUCGAUCGAUCUCUCCACCCCGCUCCAAAGCCCUAACCCUAACCCUAGCUCCAUCCCAAACCCUAACCAUAGUCCCCAGGCCAACGUCUACCGGAUCGGGGGCGUCCCCGUUGAGUUCCCCUACAAGCCCUACGGCUCCCAGCUCGCGUUCAUGGGCCGCGUCAUCUCCACCCUCAGCCGCGCCCGGCACCAGGGCCACUCCCACGCCCUCCUCGAAUCCCCGACCGGCACUGGCAAGACCCUCUCCCUCCUCUGCUCCGCCCUCGCCUGGCAACAGGACCAGCUGCGCCGCCCCCCUCCGCUCGCCCCCUCGCCGCAGCCGCCGCCCGCCACCGGACCCACACCCGAUCCCCUACUCCACGGCGGCGGCUUUGUCCCCGAGCCUGAGCCUUCGAGGAACACGGAGCAGUCCCCGCCAGCUGUUAGUGUUAGGGCUCAGAAGAAAGCCGUGACACCAACAAUUUAUUAUGCCUCGAGGACGCACUCUCAGAUAAGCCAGGUGAUUCGCGAGUACAAGAAAACAUCAUAUCGAGUUCCAAUGGCGGUUCUGGCCUCAAGAAAGCACUACUGCACCAACGAAGAUGUCUGCGCGAGCGGCAAUGUGGAUGAAGAGUGUAAAUUGCGCCUAAAGGAUGCAAAUCUUGGUUGUCUACAGUUCAAGAAUGCAAAUAAACUCAAAGCUCAUCCUUCCCUUCAAAGAGGCGGCUGUCAUGAAGUUCAUGACAUUGAAGAUCUUGUGAAUCUUGGUCGUAAAGUAAAAGGUUGUGCAUAUUUUGCUGCACAAACAAUGGCAGCUGAUGCUCAACUAGUUUUUGCCCCAUACAGCUACAUCAUUAACCCAAUUGUUCGGAGAGCAAUGGAUGUUGAUAUCAAGGGGUCCAUUGUGAUUCUAGAUGAGGCUCACAAUAUAGAAGACAUCGCACGUGAUGCUGGAAGCGUAGAUAUUGAUGAAGAUGUUCUUUGCACACUGCAGACAGAACUAGGGCAGUUAUGCAUGGCUGACAGUCUUGCAAUGAUAUACCAACCCUUAUAUGAUGUGAUUCAGGGACUUAUAAGUUGGAUAGCUGAUCGGAAAGAGAAAUUACAGAAGCGUGAAUUCGAGCGUUACUCCACAUAUUGGUCUGGUGAUAUGGCUAUAAGAGAGCUUCAAUAUGCUGGAAUUACCCAACAAUGCUUUCAGAUUUUGCAAGAAUGUGCUACCAAGGCAGUUAAAGCUGCUUCAGAUGUAGAAUCAGAUGGCGCUCACUUAAGUGGCAUGCCAGCUAUCAUGCUAGAAGGAUUAUUUUCCUCACUAAGCUACCUUUUCUCUGGAAAUUGCUGCUAUUCAUCUGAAUAUCAACUUGCAUUGCAGCGAUAUGUUAAAAGAGAUAACGGUAUAGUUAGCUGGAAAUGCACAAUGAGUUUGUGGUGCCUAAAUCCUGCUGUUGUUUUCCGGGAUAUUGCAAAUCUUUCUCUUUCAGUGAUUCUUACAUCUGGAACACUCUCUCCAAUGGGCUCUUUUGCAUCUGAGCUGGGGGUGCAGUUUGAAACUUGUAUGGAAGCUCCACAUGUAAUUGAUGUUCAAUCACAGCUUUGGGCUGCAGUGGUCUCUUCUGGUCCUGGAAAUUCUCACUUAAAUGCCAGCUAUAAACAUGCUGAUGGAUAUGCUUUCCAGGAUGCACUUGGAGCUUCUCUAGAAGAAAUAUGUAGAGUUGUGCCUGGUGGUGCCCUUGUGUUCUUCCCUAGCUAUAAGUUAUUGGACAAAGUACGUGCUCGGUGGUCUCAAACAGGUCAAUGGUCGCAACUGAAUGCCCAAAAGCCUCUUUUUGUAGAGCCUAGAGGGACAUUUGAAGAAUUUGAACCUGUUCUGAAAUGCUACUACGAUGCAAUUCUGGGGAAGAAAAAAGCUGGCCCUGGAAAAGGCAGAAACGGCUCGAAGAGAACAAGUGAUACUACCAAGGCUUCAUCGCAAAAUCAUGUUAAAGGAGGAGCUGCUUUUCUUGCAGUUUGCCGUGGGAAGGUAUCAGAAGGGAUUGAUUUCUCGGAUGAAAAUGCUAGAGUUGUAGUGAUUGUUGGUAUUCCUUUUCCAAACAUCAAUGAUGUUCAAGUUGUUCUGAAGAAGAGAUACAAUGACACAUACAAAUCAUCAAAAGGUCUCUUAAGUGGGAGUGAGUGGUACUGCCAUCAAGCAUUUCGUGCUCUGAAUCAGGCAGCAGGUCGCUGCAUUCGUCACAGGUUUGACUAUGGAGCAAUAAUAUUAUUAGAUGAGCGGUACAAGGAGGAGCAAAAUCGUGCAUACAUCUCGAAGUGGCUUAAGAACUCGAUCAAGCACUAUGGAAGCUUUGAGGAGACAUUAGAUGGAUUGCGAACUUUCUUUGAAAAUGUUGAGAAACAGAAAAAGACAAAGAUGGAGGAGACUGGUAACAAAGAUGAGCUGCAGAUUGAUGUACUUCCUUUUGAUACUAACAAGAGAUUAUUACCCUGGCCGGAGCCAAACUUCUCAAGCCAGAAGAUCCCUCAAAAGAAGAAUCAAACAUCAAAAAAGUCCAAUCAGCACGCUGAGAGGAAAACCAUCAUUGAUGAUUUAACAGCUACAAAACCUAAACAGUUAGCUAAAUCUUCAACUCCUUUGGUACUGGGAGAAGCGCCUUUCUCCUCUCUAAUGGCUCAGUGCCUGGUAGAAAGAAAACCAGCUAGCAAGACAAAUUCAAAGGUCUUGAACAGCUGCGAAAAUUAUGCCAUGUUUGAAGAUACAACCUUAGAAUAUUCCAGAUAUUCAGAACCUUCUCUAUUAUCUCAAAACAGCUUGCAUCAAUCUAUACCAGUUAGACAGGUUCUGGAAAAGAGUUGUGUCAUGGAGUGUUCGAAGGAGGAAAACUUGUAUACAGUAGCGGUCAAUGCCUCAAAUCAGUCUAUAUACAUGCCAUCCUUUCCAGUCUCAACUACCACUUCGAAGGGAAGCCCUUCUGAUGGUCCAUGCAUGUCAGCAGUCACACCUGAAAAAGUAGCUUAUGUGGACCUCAGCAAACCUGAAAAAGAAUCACCUUUAAAUGCGAGCGUGAAUUCCCACUGCCAGAAAAGAAGAAAAUUAACGACUUCACAGCUUACUAGUUGUACUUACAAGAACCACUUUAGUUCUCCUCAAUUAACUGAUAAAAGAUUUGAAUUAACUCCUACAAACAAUUGUCCCAACCCCAAGAUUCAAAAACUAAUUGAAAAGUUUCUUGGGAAAAAAUCCAGUACAUUGCCUUUGUUACCUCAAAAAUCUGUACAAAAAAAGCUCCACAUCUGCUGCUUGCACUGUGAAAUCCCUCUAGGAUUAUCUAAAAAUGGUUUUCUUAUUCCAUGUUCUCUCUCUUCAUCAUCGAAAUUUUAUUUGGGAUAUGUGCGGAAGUUUGGACCUCCGAGUAUCUAUUCGUUGGACAAUAUUUCAAGGAUACAGAGGAAACUGGUUCCAAUAUUAGUCUGUGAAUCUUCAUUGGUUAACAACCAAAUCUUCAGUAGGUGCAGCAAUGGAGGCACAAUGCGCCAUGGCGUGUGGUCUGAAGAGGAUGGGUGUGUUUUUCGAACAAUCACUUGCCCGCGCUGCACCACAAGCAAUGCAUGUCUUGGAGCGCAAAUUUUGGCAACUGAUGCAUCAAAUGUCCACUUAUUAAACAAGGUGCUCUUUUAUGCUGAUUAUGUGGAUAUAAAAGAUCAUGCAUCGAAGCCGGAGGCAAUGCGACCUGCUAGUUCGGAUGCUACUCUUCGGCGUUCACCUCUUAUUAAUGCUGAGAAAUAUGUAUACAAUUCCCGACCUCAUGGUUCUGUGCCUUUGAACCAAAAAAGUUCAAAGCUCAAGCUGCCAAAGAAGGAUCCAUUGGCUACUUAGACGGACUUAGCAUUCGAGAAUCAAGGGGAUGCGCCUCUCAGUUUAACUACUGUCAGGAAGAGUAUUAUGGUGUGCUGAGCUCUUCUAGAUGAAAUAUUUUUGAGUCCACAGGAUUGGUUUUGAGGAUCAGGGGGGAUAUAUUUGAGAUGUAUUUGAAAUGUAUUUAAUCAUUGUUGUACAUAUUGUAGGGUAUACUAAUUUUAGCUACUCUUGCUGAUUCUCUUGUUUUUCUGGCAAGCUUCUUUCCAGAUAAUAUUUGAAUCAAGCUUAGUGAUUUUGGGUUCUUUGGUUAUUUAUUGUACUGAGAUCAGAGCCUCCUGAUAAAUAGAAUGAUUUUUAAUCCUCUAUUUGAGCAGUUGCAAUACUCACCAGGUUUGCAAUCA